AAAUAUUCAAAUUUUGGUAAGAAUUGAGAAUAAGAGUUGUAAAUGAUUUGAAUAUGCAGAAAAGCUUAAGCUUUCAAGGCAGAGGAAUUGUUUAGAUUUCGAGUCUUCUUCUGUUCAGAUUGAUUGUCGUAUUCAAAAAUUCACCAUACAUACGUGGAGUAAGGCACCAAAAAUGGUGGUUGAGAAACGCGGGUGAGAUUAGAAAAUCCUCCCACCCCUCCUCAGGCGCCCCAAUAACUCUCUCACUACGAGCGCCCAUCGCUUUACCAUUUGCCUCCAUCCAUCCAAUUCCACUUGGUUGGAUAUUUCAAACUUGGGCUCUGCUUUGUGUUUUGCCGUCAAGCUAAAGCAUUUACACUCGCCAGAAGAGAACAUACAGCUUCCAUUAUAAUAUUUGGGUUUCUGUAACAAACACAGAAAAGACUAAAAAAAGAGAAAGAGGGCUUGUUUCCUUUUCCUUUGUCGACGGUGGAAACAAACCCAUAAUCUUCCUUUUUUCUCUUUUUCGUUUUCCUUCUUUCUUUUGUUUAAUUCAUUCCCUUUUCUUACUUUACACCAACUAAUUGCUCAUUGGGGGGGUUGAAACAGAGCUUCCGGUCCUUUUUCUUCUUAUUCUUCGUCUUCAUUGUUUCCGAUUACACCCAGUUUUUUAUUGUUUUGAUUUUCCUUCUUUUUCCUUUCCGGGGUUGUUUUUUUCGAUGGUUUGCAUGAUGGGUUUUUGGGUUUUUGGGUUUUGAAGAACGUUUCUGUUGAAGAGGGGUGGUGGGAUUUUGAGGUAAAGGAAAUUGGGGUGGAGGAGGAGGAAUGACUUGGAGAAGAGUGUUGAAGUCCGUGCAGGCACUUUUGGCCCACGGUUCACUCUUCUGUUUCACGCUCUUGCUCGUUCUCAAGCUCGAUCAUUUCGUCUCCCACAGUUGGUGGGUUGUAUUUUUUCCACUUUGGGUGUUUCAUGUGGUUGUUGCUCGAGGAAGGUUCUCAUUACCUGCCCCAUCUCUUCCUCAUAAUCGCCAUUGGGCACCCUGCCAUGCUGUUGUUGCGACACCUUUGCUUAUAGCAUUUGAAUUACUUCUUUGUGUAUACCUCGAGAGCUUAUCUGUUUAUGGUUUCACUGCUGUGAACUUGAAGAUUGUCUUUCUACCGUUGCUGGCAUUUGAAAUCAUUAUUUUAAUCGAUAAUUUCAGAAUGUGUAGGUCACUGAUGCCUGGUGAUGAUGAAAGCAUGAGUGAUGAAGCAAUAUGGGAGACACUGCCUCAUUUUUGGGUUGCCAUUUCAAUGGUCUUCUUUGUUGCUGCUACAGUAUUUACUCUACUGAAGCUUUCUGGGAACGUUGGUGCCCUUGGCUGGUGGGACUUGUUUAUAAAUUUUGGCAUUGCUGAGUGCUUUGCAUUUCUUGUAUGUACAAAGUGGUCUAAUCCAGCAAUUCAUAGAAAUAUUCAAACAAGAGAACGUUGUUCAUCAUCAUCAGUAGUUAGAUAUCUAGAUUGGAACAGUGGUCUAAUAGUUUAUCCAGAGCAGGAUCAGCAUCAGGACAGAAUUUGUGGCCUUCAAGACAUUGGAGGACAUAUUAUGAAAAUUCCCAUAAUUAUUUUUCAAAUUCUACUAUGCAUGUAUUUAGAGGGAACGCCUGCAGCUGCUAAAAAUAUGCCACUUCCCAUCCUUUUCUCGCCUCUUUUUAUGUUGCAAGGUGCUGCUGUUAUUUAUGCUACAUCUAGAUUGUUAGAGAAAGCAGUACUUCUCUUAAGAGGCGGAUCUGGCACAGCAUUGUAUUUCAGUUUUUCAAUUAGGGCUCAUGCCUGUUUGGAGUUCUUUCAUCAUGGUUCAAGGCUAUUGGGGUGGUGGUCAAUUGAUGAAAGCAGUCGAGAGGAGCAGGCACGAUUGUACCACGAGGGUGCCUCUGGGUACAAUACUUUUAGCGGAUAUCCUCCCGAGGUUGUGAAGAAGAUGCCCAAGAAAGAUCUUGCAGAGGAGGUGUGGCGCCUUCAAGCUGCUCUUGGAGAGCAGACAGAAAUCACCAAAUACAGUCAGCAGGAAUAUGAAAGACUUCAAAAUGAAAAGGUGUUAUGUCGGGUUUGUUUUGAGGGAGAAAUUAGCGUGGUUCUUCUUCCGUGUAGGCAUCGCGUACUAUGCAGUUCCUGCUCUGAGAAGUGUAAAAAGUGCCCGAUAUGUCGCGUUGUUAUCGAAGAACGCUUGCCGGUAUAUGAUGUAUAGAUCUUUAACCAAUCUAAAGGAAGAACCAAGUGCAUAUUGAUGGUGGGGAAUUGACAAGAGUUUCGGUUAUAUUGAAGGAUUGGAAGUGUUGGUGGUUGGUUCAUUAUAAAUACUGAUUCAAGAAAAGAUACUUUGGUAUAGAAAAUGCAGUUGCAAUACUGAACUCUAAGCCUUGCUUGAACUCUUCUCAUUUUUUAAAUGUAAAGAAGUGGGUCUCUGUGAGGGUAAUUAACAAUGACAGUAGAAUACAAGUCAGUUGAUCUUGUUAUUGUAUAAUUCAGGUUUUCUUUUUCACACAAUUCUCUGUAUAGAACAACUUUUUUACCUCCAAUUAUAAUCCAAGUUUCUUGCUCACCCUCCCUGGGUAAAUAUAGGGCAAACAGCAAAUGCUGAAAGUUCUUUUGA